AUGAGUGUUGGUGAAAUGGGUGUUGCUAUGGUGAUGUCAGUCAGAAUGGCUCCUUCUCUUCCUCUGAUCUUUCUGAUCUUGAUUCAUGGGGUUUCUGGUGCUGAUUGGGGUGUGAGUUACAGUCAUCCACACAUUUGUGCACUAAAGAACUCAUCAGUGAUAAUGAGCUGCACUUAUACAUACCCCACUGGACAUCAGAUCGAGAAAGUGUUCUGGACCAAAACACAAGUUAGAAAUGAUCAUGUAGACUUUCCAGAUCUGUCUGAGGACCCUGAAUACAGACAGAGGCUUCAGUAUCUGGGAGAUAAACAGCAGAACUGCACCAUCAGACUGAGUCAUGUGACACAGAAAGAUUCACACAAGUACUAUUUCAGAUUCACAACUGAUAAAGAUAAAUGGGUUGGCCUUCAAGGAGUGACUCUUACUGUGACAGAUCUUCAGGUGGAGUCUCCUGAGACAGUGACAGAGGGAGAUUCAGUCCGUCUGACAUGUAAAAGCAACUGCACUCUGACUGACGGAGCAACAUUCAUCUGGUACAGAAACUCACAGCCAUUAACUGAGAGAAGAGACAGAAACAAUCAACUCCUGCUGCAGUCAGUCAGAAGAGAGGAUGCAGGCAGAUAUAGCUGUGCUCUACAUGGACACAUUUACAUCUCUCCUGCUGUUCAUCUCAAUGUCACGUACCCACCCAGGAACGUCUCAGUGUCCAUCAGUCCAUCUGGUGAAAUAGUGGAGGGAGAUUCAGUGACUCUGAGCUGCAGCAGUGAUUCAAACCCACCUGCAGAAAUCAGCUGGUUUAAAGGAGGAACGUUUGUAGGAUCUGGAAGAAUCUACAGCAUCUCAAAGAUCAGCUCUGAUCACAGUGGAGAAUACAAGUGCAAGUCCAGAAAUAAACAUGGAGAGAAAUACUCUGAUGCUGUGACUUUAAACGUUAUGUACCCACCCAGGAACGUCUCAGUGUCCAUAAAUGGAUCCGGUGAAAUAGUGGAGGGAGGUUCAGUGACUCUGAUCUGCAGCAGUGAUUCAAACCCACCUGCUCUGAACUUCAGCUGGUUUAAGGAGAAUCAAAGCUCAGCUGUUGGAUCUGGACAGAGUUUCAGUGCUCUACAGAGUGGACGCUUCUACUGUGAGGCUCACAAUCAACAUGGAUCUCAGAGAUCAGACUCUGUUACUGUCACUGUUAAAGAUCCUCCAGUGAAUCCUGUGAUCUCCAUCAAUCCAUCUGGUAAAAUAGUGGAGGGAGAUUCAGUGACUCUGAGCUGCAGCAGUGAUUCAAACCCACCUGCAGAAAUCAGCUGGUUUAAAGGAGGAAAGACUGUAGGAUCUGGAGGAAUCUACAGCAUCUCAAACAUCAGCUCUGAUCACAGUGGAGAGUACAAGUGCAAGUCCAGAAAUGAACAUAGAGAGAAAUACUCUGCUGUGACUUUAAACAUUAUGUACCCACCCAGGAACGUCUCUGUGUCUAUAAAUGCAUUUGGUGUAAUAAUGGAAGGAGAUUCAGUGACUCUGAUCUGCAGCAGUGAUUCAAACCCACCUGCUCUGAACUUCAGCUGGUUUAAGGAGAAUCAAAGCUCAGCUGUUGGAUCUGGACAGAGUUUCAGUGCUCUACAGAGUGGAUGCUUCUACUGUGAGGCUCACAAUCAACAUGGAUCUCAGACGUCAGAUAUUGUUACUGUCACAGGUGAAGGUUUUUUUUUACGAAGGGUGUAGCUUUGAGAGGCAAUUAUAAAGGGAUAGUUCAUCCAAAAAUGAAAAUU